UACCGCAAGCAAGCAUUAGGAAUUACGCAAUAACGGAUACCGCGUGUGAAGUGACGGUGACAGCAAAUAGUGUCAGCAAAAUGGUGAUAGCUACCAAAGUUCGUACCAGCAGCAUUAGCGGCAACAUUGAAGACAGCAUUGACGCCAAAUUGGCGAACAUGUUCAUCGAUACGAGCGGCAAGGAUAACUCCGUUGGCAUGGUGGCGGAACCGAUCGCUGCAACCGUUCGGCGCGCGCUCGUUGCCGCAAACCACGAGGACCGUGCCAUCAUCGGAUUGUCCGAAUCGAUAAACGCCCUCUCGAAGACACCGGAGGAUUUUCUCUUCUGCUUUCUGGCUGCUUCGGGAAACCCGGCCAACCACAUGCAUCAGGUGUUGUUGGAGGCGUUUUGUUUCGAGCAUGACAUUUACAUAAUUAAGGUCGAUAGUGCGGAAAAGUUAAGCCGAAUGCUCGGCACACAGCGUAUAGAAUCCUGCGCCUUACUGCAGAAGAGUUGGUCCGCGGGAUGCACGGAAACCGUAACCGAUGUGGAGGACCAGCUCGUGGAUUACUGCGAGGAGCAUUGGGAAUCGCCAAUUAAGCCAAUUAUCAAACUACCGGAAAAGUAACCCC